AUGACAUCUUCAAGCACAGUAACAAGCAACGAAGGGUUAAGAUAUCACAAUAUGCAUUGCCCCAUUUGUAGCAAAAGAGCGAUUAUCAUAGUUUUCGAAUCUGAACAAAAUCCUGGGAAGCUAUACUGCAAAUAUCCAAAGGACCCCAAUCAUUUUUUUAAGUGGAUGGCUCCUAUUACUCUCCCCUCUUCGAAAAUUACAAAUGAGAGGAUGGAUGUACGGCGAAUUGAAGACAAUGUACAACGAAUUGAAGACAAUGUACGACAAAUUGAAGACAAUGUACUACGAAUUGAAGAACUUUGUAAUGUAGUUCAACGUGUUGAGGCUAAAGAAGGUUCAAUGAAGUCAAAUAUGUUUGUAAUCACUUUAGUAGUGGUGAUGCUUAUAUUUGUGAUUCUAGUGAAGUGGAGCUAUAAGAGCAAUGGUGUAGUGAUGAAACUUGUGUU